CGCGCCCAGGACCCCAUGGAGCUGCGGGCCGACAAUGCCAGCUGCGAGAACGGUUCCCUGAUCAGCCUCUACUGCUCCUCCCAGCAAGUCUUGUGCCAGAUCCUCAGGGACCCCAGCUCUGAGACACCCAGCAAUGGCACCGUUCUCAGCUGGCAGGAGAGGUUCUGGAAGAGCUACAGCUUCUACGUUGGCCUGGGCCUGGCCAUCCUCUCCAGCUUCCUCAUUGGCAGCAGUGUCAUCCUCAAGAAGAAGGGCCUUCAACGACUGGUGGCCACAGGGGCCACCCGAGCUGUGGACGGAGGCUAUGGCUACCUGAAGGACACGAUGUGGUGGGCUGGAUUUCUCACCAUGGCUGCUGGAGAAGUUGCCAACUUCGGGGCCUAUGCAUUUGCUCCUGCAACGGUCAUCACACCCCUGGGAGCGCUGAGUGUCCUCAUAAGCGCCAUCCUCUCCUCCUAUUUCCUGGGCGAGGGCCUGAACCUGCUGGGGAAGCUGGGCUGUGUGAUCUGUGUGACCGGCAGCACAGUGAUGGUGAUCCACGCACCUGAAGAGGAGAAGGUCACCACCAUCAUGGAGAUGGCGUCCAAGAUGAAAGACACAGGGUACAUCGUGUUCGCCGUGCUUCUGCUAGUACUCUGCCUCAUCCUCAUCUUCAUCGUCGCCCCCCGAUAUGGGCAAAGGAACAUUCUGGUCUACAUCAUCAUCUGCUCAGUGAUCGGGGCCUUUUCUGUAUCUGCCGUGAAGGGUCUGGGCAUCACCAUCAAGAACUUCUUCCAGGGGCUGCCAGUGGUGCGGCACCCUCUCCCCUACAUCCUGUCCCUCAUCCUGGCCCUUUCGCUCAGCACUCAGGUCAACUUCCUCAACAGGGCCUUGGACAUCUUCAACACCUCACUGGUGUUCCCCAUCUACUACGUGUUCUUCACCUCUGUGGUGAUGACCUCUACCAUCAUCCUCUUCAAGGAGUGGCAUAGUAUGUCUGCCAUGGACAUUGUGGGUACCCUCUCUGGCUUUGUCACCAUCAUCCUGGGUGUGUUCAUGCUCCACGCCUUCAAAGACAUGGACAUCAGCUGGGCUAACUUGCCCCAUAUGCACAAAAACCCCACACCAGAUCCCGCCCCAGAGCCCACGGUUAUUCGGCUGGAAGACAAGAAUGUCCUGGUGGACAAUAUAGAACUCUCCAGCACCCCAUCACCAGAAGAGAAGCCCAAAGUCUAUAUAAUCCAUUCAUAAAACUGGAAAUACAAGAGCCAGAGGUUGAGCAGGGACAGCCUGACUUCUGAAUUCCAGAGCCACCUAGUUAUUCUCUGCACAGCUGUCCCCAGGGGCUCCUUUUUCUUGAGAUGUUCAUGUAUACCUCAUCACUGUUUCCAGGAGAAAAAUCCCCUACCCAGUGAGCGGUGGUGCAGAACUUUCUGGAAACACAGCCUCAGCAACCAAAUACCCUACUGUACAUUGGUGCCAGCGAGUGCCCCUGGGCUUCCCUUCUUGCUUGUUUCCUUGGUGCCAUUUCUGUUGUCGGGAAGAUACUAGACUUGACCCGUUGAAUGUAGCACAGUCGGAGAAUGUCCCUGUGGUGUGGGACAUUAGGAAACCUCAGCACUGGGCCUCCUGGAACAGACUCACCAAUCCUCAGUGCAAGGCUCAAGUGUGACUGGGCCUGUGUCCCACGGGCCUGAGAGCCAUUGGCCAGGCCUCUCAAUCUGGAACUGACCGAGACACUGCUUGUGUCAAAUGUCUCCUUGCUUUUGCCACCUCCUCUUCAGAGCCAGAAGCAAGACCCCAGCUGACCUCCUCACUGUGAAAACCACCUGAUGUCUCAGGGAAACAGUCCCCAGGCCUGUGUGUCCCCAGCACCCCUCCUGGAGGUCAGCCUCUCUGAUUCCAUGCACCGCCCCUCUUACCCCCACCUAUGUACCACUUGCCUCACUCUCCUGGCCCAGGAGUCAUUGCUGAGACAUGGGCAGUUAUUGUAGAAGUCAGAGCAAAACAGGAGAAAAUGCUUCACAGCCCAGCCCACUACCUAAAUCCACCAUUUCAGUUUGCCACACUUGGAAGAAAGCAGCAAUAGCGCUGCUCUUAAACGUUGCCUAACUGUCCAGCUAGAAUUUGCCAGAAUGCACUUCCCUUUUCCUCAAGGAGUAAAUAUAAUAUAAAUAUAAUACAAAUAUAAUUUGGGGAUCUGGGGAGAGGCAUGAGGUGCAGAGCUGGGAUUCACUGGGAAGCAGCCACAACCUCUUUGGUGCACUUACUCUCUCGUGUCUAACCAAGAGCCUGGCAGAAAGGACGCUGGGUCAUUUCUGGGUUGCAGCCUGCAGGGCUUGGCCAGUGGGAUCAGUUUGGAACUUUGGUGACCAAGUAGGGGUAGAAGCCUGGCACCAGGUCCCCAGCUGCCCUGCCAGGCUGUAGCCUUGAAAGCACAUGUCAUCACUGCUCCUGCAUUAUCUGGGGGGGGUCUGCCUUUGGUGCCCGCACACCUGGCUGUACAGCCUUACAACCUGGGGGAGGGGGUGGAUUUCUCUUCCCUCCUUUCUAGUAGCAAAAAGUGUGGGAACUAGUAUAAGGACACAGAGAGGGAAGUAAGGGAGCCUGCAUUUAUCAGGGGGCUAGCACAGGGCCCCCUCUGUGCUCCCUGGCUCCUGCACUUGGGUUUAUCCCCCAAGCCUGCUGAAAGCACAGACAAGCCCUUGCCAACCUCCUGCUUACCUCUGAGCAGCAAAGGCUGACAGACAUACUGGUUCCCAGAGCCUACAGCCUAAGAUCCCCACCAUGUGAUGAAUGUGGAUUUCUGCUAUAGCUCAAAUCAAUGCAACAUGUUGGAUCUGGAGAUCAGCAGCGCCCUGAAGGGCUCUGGGCGUGGGGUCCACAGAGUCAAAAAUAAAGACUAUGAGCAUAUU